AUGGAAGGGGCCAUAGAAAGAUGCUUUGAAACCAUUUCCACAGAAUUCCAAGAAAUGCAACAGCCUAUGGAAGAAAACACAAGAGCACCGCCGCUGGUACUUGUCGUGGAUAGCCCGUUGGCUACUCCAGACUUCAGAGCAUACCGAGUCAGGCAGCUAAUUGACGGCGUAACGCAGACAUCUUUUGUCCGCAUUCUUUCCAUUCUUUCGAUUUUGUUUAAGCUUUUCCAAAUAGGGAUAAACGUGGUUGCGCUCCUUCUCACGCAGAACAACCCAACGCAGAGCCCGUUCAGGCUCUUCAUCAUUGUGUACACUUUCCUCACCGCAGCCCACACGUCUUCAUUCGUUGUGCGGCACUGGGGAUACAUUCUGAAUAGAAGGCCUCUCGAGUUCACACAGGGCGCAGAGUCCACGCUUUUCAACAAUCUCCUCGACAUUCUUACGCUUUUCCUGUACUUCAUAGGAUUCAAGUGGCUGCAGCAGUACCACUCGUCAAAAGAGGACAUUCCCAUCCUCUACAACCUCACGCGCAUUUGGGUGUUCUACGGGAUUGCAGUGGUGCUGGCUCCGAUAUUCUCUGUUAUUUUGAUACUUCUUCUGCUGAAUUAUGUGCGACCAACUCUUCCCGUGAUAGAAUACACGCUCGGAGGAAAGAUAAAAGAGGAAGACGCGCAGUGCACGAUCUGUCUGGCGCCGUAUGCAGAAAAGGAGCAGAUAAGAAAGCUGCCGUGCAGACACCAUUUCCACAUGACCUGCAUAGACGAGUGGUUUGGCAUAGACGAUGUGUGUCCGCUGUGCAAGAGGCCAAUCAAUCCGCUGUACGACAUUGCAGGCGGAUCAUUUUAG